UUUGUUAAAUUUGUUACAUUUAUUUGCAGAAGAUUUUACACAUAGAUGGCGGUUUAUACAAGUUAAUUCACAAAAAUAUGCUUAAAAUGGCGCCAUCUGUGAGAAAAGUUUCAGCUGUUGCGGAACUUGAAACUCGAAUUAGAGAUGGGCUAAGGGCCGAUAUCUUACUUCUGGGUUUCACCGAUAGAUUAAUCGACUCUAACCCACCUCUAUUAUUUACUUUUUUUGUACUUCCUUAGAAAAGAACCGCAAAUUAUUUAUUACAACGACAAAACUACACCUGCGUAGAUCUCUGGUGGAGCGAAAAACAAACGCAAACUGGGCAAACAGCUGGACCAACACUUGCUGGGAAACAAUUGGGUCUUAUUGAUAGUAACACGUAUCCACUAGCGGCAAAAGCUCUUAUCAGCCGAGGCGACGAGCCCAGGAACAACAACAAAAGAUACAAUAGGCGAGAGGGUUUGCGUUGUAAGAAAGCGGAAUCGAAUACACGCACAGCAGGAGCAAAGAAAGCGCCGAGCAAUCUGCACAUUGGAACUCUGACGUGUCACUCGAAUACAUUCAAUUGCAGCGCCACCCGAUUACGGCGGAUCGCAUAACGGAGCCGAAGCAAUGUGCGGAUCUCCCAAUACGGCCGUGGGCACUGGUACGAGGGCCUUGAUCCUGGUUGGUGGCUAUGGCACCCGCCUGCGUCCCCUGACCCUCAGCACUCCCAAGCCCCUGGUGGAAUUUGCCAACAAACCGAUUCUCCUCCACCAACUGGAGGCUCUUGUGGACGCUGGAUGUCGUCAGGUUAUUCUAGCCGUGAGCUAUCGAGCGGAGCAAAUGGAAAAGGAGCUGAAAGUGGAGGCGGACAAACUGGGCGUGGAACUGAUCUUCUCGCAUGAGACCGAGCCUCUGGGCACUGCCGGUCCUCUGGCCCUGGCUAAAUCCAUUUUAUCCGCCAGCACCGAGCCCUUUUUCGUCCUCAACUCGGAUGUCAUCUGUGAUUUUCCCUUCAAGCAGCUAGUUCAGUUCCAUAGAAAUCAUGGAAAAGAGGGUACCAUUGUGGUGACCAAAGUGGAGGAGCCAUCUAAAUACGGCGUUGUGCUGUACGACGAAAACGGUUGCAUUAAGAACUUUAUCGAGAAGCCGCAGGAGUUUGUCAGCAACAAAAUCAAUGCCGGCAUCUACAUCUUCAAUCCCUCCGUCCUCGAAAGAAUCGAGGUCAAGCCAACAUCCAUUGAGAAGGAAGUUUUUCCGGCAAUGGCCCAGCAGCAGGAGCUGUACGCCAUGGACCUGACUGGUUUCUGGAUGGAUAUUGGGCAGCCAAAAGACUUCCUAACCGGCAUGUGCCUCUAUUUGAGUUCUCUGCGCCAGAAACAAUCGUCAAAGCUGUACACAGGACCCGGUGUGGUGGGCAACGUGAUCGUGGAUCCUACCGCCAAGAUUGGCGAGGGCUGUCGCAUUGGACCGAAUGUCACCAUUGGACCGGACGUCAUCAUCGAGGAUGGAGUGUGCAUCAAACGCUCCACUAUCUUGAAGGGUGCCAUUGUCCGAUCACACUCCUGGCUAGACUCCUGCAUCGUCGGAUGGCGGUCCACCGUUGGCAGAUGGGUGCGCAUCGAGGGAAUCACAGUGCUGGGCGAGGAUGUGAUCGUUAAGGAUGAGCUGUACAUCAAUGGUGGCCAAGUUCUGCCACAUAAGAGCAUCGCGGCCAGUGUGCCCGAGCCACAAAUUAUAAUGUGAGCCGAUGGGGCGAGGACAGUUAGUGUAAAUACGAUAUUGUUUUCGGUAUUCGAUAAGGGGUGCCUUCAGCUUCAAUUUCACUGGAUGUCCUAGGGUUUAAGCCUAUGUAUGUCUUGCAAUAUUCACGCGAUAAACAGAAACAAUGAGAAACAUUUCCAACGCAUAGCAUUGCUAGCUACCUAAAUAUUUAUAAACUAAGGCUCAAUUUCCUUCUCGACAGAAGGUAUCUGUAAAGUUAGACUUUCAGUCUGAGCUUACGGCCAUCAGCCAAGACCCCUUUCUACUUUGCCAAGUGGAGCAUAAGUUUAAUUAUAAUUCUAAAAUUUAGUAAAAUAUACUUACGUACUUCUGUACGACAAUAAAUUAUA